CACGAGAGGCUCUUGUUUUUUUCCUUUUCGCUUUCUUCGUCAACCACAAUUCGAAGGAUAUCGACGAGUCGGCAAGAUGGCGCCCCUCACCUACUCCAAGACCUCCAAGGUCCCCAACCGUCCCUUCGAGGCCGCCCGUCUUGACUCCGAGCUUAAACUCGUUGGCGAGUACGGUCUCCGCAACAAGCGUGAGGUCUGGCGUGUCCAGCUUACCCUCUCCAAAAUUCGUCGUGCUGCCCGUCAGCUUUUGACCCUCGACGAGAAGGACCCCAAGCGUCUCUUCGAAGGCAAUGCCCUCAUUCGCCGUCUCGUGCGCGUCGGUGUUCUCGACGAGUCCCGCAUGAAGCUCGAUUACGUCCUGGCCCUGAAGGUCGAGGAUUUCCUUGAGCGCCGCCUCCAGACUUGCGUCUACAAGCUCGGUCUUGCCAAGUCCAUCCACCACGCCCGUGUCCUCAUCCGCCAGCGUCACAUCCGCGUCGGCAAGCAGAUCGUCAACGUCCCCUCCUUCAUCGUCCGUCUCGACUCCCAGAAGCACAUCGACUUCGCUCUCACCUCGCCCUUCGGUGGUGGCCGCCCCGGCCGUGUCCGCAGAAAGAAGGCCGCUGCCGCUGAGUCCAAGGGUGACGGUGGUGACGAGGAGGAGGACGACGAGUAAAUGCAUCGCCAUUUAUGCUAAGUAUUGGUCAAAAAAACUCUGGGAAUGGUCGGUAUACCAAAUACCAACCAUUGGGAUCAUCGGGGUGUUUAUAGUCACGGCGUUCGCCAGAGGCAAAAUGGAAUGAUUGCAUCAAAUACGGAUACCACGAAUG